AUGUUUGAUGAAAUGCUUGAAAGAGAUGUUGCUACUUGGACUACACUGGUUUCUUGUUGUGCUAAUCAUGGCUCAAUGGAAACUGCUUGUGAGUUGUUCAAGGAAAUGUCUGAGAAGAGUGUUGUUUCGUUUAGUGCGAUGAUUACAGGUUUUGUUAGAAAGGGACGGUUUAACGAAGCAUUGGAAUUAUUUCGUGAGUUACAGAUUCAAGGGUUGGAUCCUAAUGAUUCUACUGUUAUGGGUGUCAUUUCUGCUUCUGCUAAUUUAGGUAGUUUAGAUACUGGUAAAUGGAUUCAUUCUUAUAUUAGGAAUAAGAAAGGAAAUCGAUUGGAUAGUCGGAUCGAUAUGAAGUGUGGGAGCGUCGAAGAUGCGAUACUUUUGUUUAAAGGGGUUAAGGAGAAGCUUGUGGGAGAAUGGACAGCAAUGAUUUCUGGCAUGGCAAUGCAUGGUUUUGGAGAGAGAUCUGUUAAAUUGUUCGAAAACAUGGUGGAAUUGGGUGUUAAGCCUAAUGCAAUCACAUUUGUUGGUCUCUUAUCUGGUUGCACUCAUGCAGGAUUUGUCAAGGAAGGGUUAAUGUAUUUCAAGAGAAUGAAACCCGAGUUCGGGAUUGAACCCACAAUUGAACACUUCGGUUGUGUGGUCGAUUUUCUAAGCCGGGCAGGAUUGAUUGCACAAGCAGUUGAGUUCGUGAACAAUAUGCCAUUGAAAACUAAUGCUGCUAUAUGGGGUGCACUUUUAAACGCAUGUAGAGUUCAUAAGAAUGUCGAAGUGGGAGAGUUAGCAGCGAGAUAG